AUGAGAAGUACUCCAUAGUAAAUUGAGUAGAAUUCUGAUAAAAAGAAAAUCUACAAGAAUCUUAACUUGUUUAUCAUGGCUCUAGCUGGGGCAACAGGAGCCUUGGCUGUUGGUUACCAUUUUGCAAUUGUUGCAGGUAUUCUCUUAUACAUAGAUAAAGAUUUCCCGGAGAUUACACUUGAACAAAAAUCUAGAUUUGUGAGCUUUGCCGUUUUAGGAGGAACUAUAGGAGCAGUUUCAGCUGGUGUUAUUACAGAGAAAAUAGGAAGGAAAUUUUCUAUAAUUUCAUCAAGUGUACUUUUGAUCAUUGGACCUUUACUUUUGGUAUUCAUUGCUAAUGUUGAAUUUUACUGCAUUUGCAGAAUAUUAAUUGGAUUUGGAAUGGGCCUUAACAUGAUGGCAUCGCAAGUAUUUAUGUCUGAAUCAUCACCAAAUGAAUUAAGAGGGCAAAUUGGCUCCAUGUAUAUACUAUUUUGUCUUUCCGGAUGCAUAUUUGCUCAUCUUUCAAGUCUUUACUUUGAGUAUAAUCUAACAAUGAUGUUCUUGAUGGGAGUGAUUCCAGCUAUAGUUUAGACAACACUUAUUAUAUUAACUCAGAGUGAAUCACCUAUCUAUAUUGCAAUGCAUGGGUCCCAAGUUUAAGUGAUAAAUUCUUUGAAAAAGUUCUACAAUACCUCUACUCAAGCUGGUUAGAGAGAAAUAAUGGCUUCAACAGCUAAGAAAGAGACUGAAGUGAGCUAAGUUAAACUUUAUAAAGAACUUCUGACAACAUACAAAUGGAAUCUGUUCGUAGCAAAUAUGCUUCACAUUCUGCAGUAGUUUACUGGAAUAAACAUUAUCUAAUUCUAUGGGCCAUAGAUCUUACAAGAUGCUGGUUUUGGUGGUGAUAGUCAUCGUGAUCUACUUUGGAGUAUGGUAUUUCUAUGUACCGUAAAUACGAUUUCAAAUUUAAUUGGAAGCAUUAUGGGAAAGAAAUACGGUAGAAGGUAGCUCAUAUUGAUGAAUUGUAUCCCAAUGGGCAUCUCUCUAUUACUCUUGGUUGGAGUAAUGAUAAAGAAUCAGCUAGCUUCUUCAUAAGAUUCAUCCACAGGCUAUUUUGUGUUCUUUUGUAUUGGAUUCGCUACCUAACCUUGGACUGUAUGUGCCGAGAUAUUCCCAAUUACUGCUACUGAUCUGGGAAAGAUAAUAGCUUAUUCUAUAUUGGCAAUUAGCUGCUUCAUCACAUUCUUAUUUGUUUAAAGAUAUCUUCCUGAGACCAAAGAUAAACCUAUUGAAGAAUGUGUCAGACUUGUUUUAUAAGCAAGAUAUAGUGGCUGUAAAUAAACGAAUGAAUCACUGACAAGUGGUGAAGGUGAAUUUGACUAAAAUAAAGGACUGCUAGAUCAUAAAAUUGAGGGAGACAUAUAACUUUCUACAUAGAAAACUUAAUAUUCACCAGCUGAACAUAAGCUUUGA